AUGAAGCCCAAGCUCGUUGCAUUCAUGACCAAACGGCAAGAACGUAGACUCAAGUGGGAGCGCAUCGGAACAGUGAAAAGCAGACUCGCACUGCUGAGUGCCUCGCUGGAGAAAGCGGGAACAUCACUCAAAGCAAAUGAUGCAUUCCCUCACGCAGUCGAUCUCACUUCAUUUAUUGAGAUUCGCACCAUCGUCGAGCUGCCUAGCUCCAUACAUAUCACAGACGAAGCAUUCGAUCAAAUCCUACCUGACCUCAUUUCGCGCUGGCAAAUAGAUGUCAUGGCACGCUUAAAGACCAAGUUUACGGAUAUCGUAUCGAUAUCUGGCUGCCCGGAGCCCCUGGAGUUCUUGAACUUUGCUAAAACGGCAUUUGAAUGCUCGUCAUGCCGACGCAUGCUGUUCUGGCCCAUGGUGGCAUCACACUAUCGCCUGCCCAAGAACGCCGAAAACGGAGACCGAUACGCCAAUCUUCCUUCGUUGUCUCAUUCCUUUAUUCCUUCUGUUGACACACCUGUCUUCGAUGCCGCCGUGCAGGGCGAGUUUGGCAACCGAAAGCAACGGACGCGUGCACCAAUUCGCCCUUGCAGUGAACAAGCCGUGUAUGUUAUCGAGGCAUGUGAGAUGGAUGCGGGCACGGCUACCAUAGCCCAGAUGGAUGAGCUGGAUGCCAGGGUAUCGUGCAGACUCUGCAGCGUGCCGGGAGAAUCGAAGCUCGUGAUGACCUGGCGUGCAGCCAUUUCCCAUUCCUUGACCGCGCAUCACUUCCCCCCCGCUAUCUCAGAAUCUGUGGGACCGAGUUACCGCUACAACAGAAGAUAG